CCCUCGAGAUAUUAUCACCCUUCGCGCAGAGGCCGAUUGGGGAAUGAUCUCAACUUGCUCUUCGCGUAGGGCAGCAAUUAUUUUAGGUUUGGGCAACUGAUCGCCCAAAUAUGAUGAUGAUGAUGAUGAUAAGUCCGUGCACUUUCCUUUGUUGGAUCAUCCUUACAAGCUCCUUCACUGUUAAUGUGGUGCUUUCGAAAACAGAUUCCCAACAAGUUUCAGCCCUCAAUGACAUGUAUCAGUAUUUGAAGCCCCAUUCCAAACUUGAUGGAUGGAAAUCCGAUGGAGGAAAUCCUUGUGAUGAUUCUUGGAAGGGUAUCAAGUGUUCUGGUUCCGAUGUCACUGAAAUUGAUCUAUCUGGCUUGGGGCUCACUGGAUCACUUGGCUUCCAGCUUGAUAAGUUGGAGAAAGUUACCUACUUUGAUGUGAGCAAAAACAACCUGAAGGACAACAUACCAUACCAACUUCCUCCUCGCACAAAACACCUGGAUCUUUCUGGAAAUCAAUUUGGUGGAACUGUACCUUAUUCAAUUUCUCAGAUGACUGAGCUUAAAUCCAUGAAUCUUAAUCAUAAUAAGCUAAGUGGAUCACUGAGUGAUUUAUUUGGAAAACUUACAAAACUUACUGAGAUGGAUCUCUCCUACAAUUCAAUAUCAGGCAGUUUGCCUCAGGGUCUUAAAUCCCUCUCAAGCCUCAGCAAAUUGCACAUACAGAACAAUCAGUUUACUGGAUCAAUAAAUGUUCUUGCUGAUCUUGAACUUGACGAUUUGAAUGUAGCAAACAACCAAUUUAAUGGAUGGAUUCCGGAUGAGCUGAAAGACAUCAAAAAUUUAGAGACUGGCGGAAAUAGUUGGUCUACUGGAUCAGCUCCUCCUCCGCCUCCUGGGCAGAAAGCUAAACCACACACCAGGAAGUCGGAUAAGGAAUCUGGAAAAUCUGGCCUGGGUAUAGGGGCCAUUGCUGGGAUAUUACUGGGUGUUUUGUUGCUACUUGGUGUUAUAAUUGCUCUAUUGUCAAGAAGAAAAAGAUCAUCACCUUCCUCCCAUUUUCUUGAAGAAGAUAAAUUUAGCCAGCGUCAACCUUUUACUCCUCUUGCAUCUCAGGAGUUAUCUAGUAGCGUACGUGCCAACAUGCAGGAGGAAUUCAGAGCUGCAGAAAAACAUUUGCAAACCUCUUCCUCAAUGGCUCUUAAGCGUCUUAAUUCAGAGCGUCACAAGUCUUUUAAUGAGAAGGAGCUGAAAAAUGCUCCACCUUCAGAUCAUCUCAAGUCGUUCAAUGAUAAAGAGUUCGCAAAUCCUAUGAAACAGAGCAGUUCAGUUAAGGUAGAUCACUAUCCAUUAGCUGAUUUGCAGAAUGCAACUGGUAACUUUGCAAGUUCUCGCCUUCUUGGUGAGGGAUCAAUUGGUCGAGUAUACAUGGCAAAAUAUCCAGAUGGCAAGGUUCUGGCGGUACAGAAAAUAGACUCCUCUUUUUUCCAAGAUGGGCAGUGCACAGAAUUCACAGAAAUUGUUGGCAAAAUUUCCAAUCUUCACCACCCAAAUAUAGCUGAAGUUAUUGGUUAUUGUUCAGAACAGGGACAGAAUAUGUUAAUCUUUGAGUAUUUUAGAAAUGGUUCACUUUAUGAAUUCCUUCAUGUGUCAGAUGACUUCAGUAAACCUCUUACAUGGAACACAAGAGUCAGAAUUGCUCUAGGGGCCGCCCGUGCUCUUGAGUACCUGCAUGAGGUUUGUUCUCCAUCAUGUCUCCACAGGAAUAUAAGAACUUCAAACAUUGUGCUCGAUGCUGAAUUGAAUUCUCGUCUCUGUGAGUGUGGCAUGGCAAUGUUUCAUCAGCGAUCAAGCAAAAACUUGGAUGCUGGAUACACUGCUCCAGAAUGCACAAAACCUUCUGCAUAUACUUCGAAGAGUGAUGUUUAUAGCUUCGGAGUUGUCAUGUUGGAACUAUUGACAGGGCGAAAGCCUUUUGACAGUUCAAAGCCAAGAUUAGAACAGUGCCUGGUCGAAUGGGCAUCGCCACAACUACAUGAUCUAGAUGCCUUAGAGCAAAUGGCUGAUCCUGCUCUGCGUGGACUUUAUCCUCCUAAAUCUCUCUCUAGAUUUGCCAAUGUGACUGCUCUGUGCGUUCAGUCGGAGCCAGAAUUUCGACCACAAAUGUCUGAGGUGGUCCGUUUAGUUCAAAAGUCGAAUAUGAGCCAGAGAGGUGAUGAUGAUGAUUACUGAUACUUUCAGGUUCUCGGCAAAAAAAAAAAGGGAAGAAGAUCUUUUCAGACUUGAGAAGACGUGACUCCCAUUUUUUUUCUUACUUCAUCUUCUCCUUUAAGAAAAUCAAGUGUUAAAAGUUGUAUUGGUUUUAACCAUC